GAUUGGCUUCCCCUGACAGUGGGCGGAACGCGGCCCCAGAUUGGAUAUCCAUUCACCGUCCCUCACCCGGCACCUGCGUCCACUCUCUAGCGUCCCAAGUGAGUGGAGGGGGGAUCCCGACUCCAGUCCGGGGCCUUGGCCAGCGGAGCCGCGCUGUUCGGAAGCGGGAAUCCCACUAAGAGCCCGGGCCUGUAGGGGCGGGGCGUCCCGGGCACCCGGGAUUGGGGCGUCUCCCGUCGUGCACCGGGGCACCGGCGACUCACCCGGAAGGAGAAGCCGUGAUCUGGCUAUAUGGUGGGGCGCGGGCAGUGUCGCUGUGGGGAGCUGGUGCUGUUCUCAGAUGUUUCCUUCCAAUGGGCUUUUCGUGUAGGAUGUCGGAGAACCAAGAACAGGAGGAGGUGAUUACAGUGCGUGUUCAGGACCCCCGAGUGCAGAAUGAGGGCUCCUGGAACUCUUAUGUGGAUUAUAAGAUAUUCCUUCAUACCAACAGCAAAGCCUUUACUGCCAAGACUUCCUGUGUGCGGCGCCGCUACCGUGAGUUCGUGUGGCUGAGAAAGCAGCUACAGAGAAAUGCUGGUUUGGUGCCUGUUCCUGAACUUCCUGGGAAGUCAACCUUCUUCAGCACCUCAGAUGAGUUCAUUGAGAAGCGACGACAAGGUCUGCAGCACUUCCUUGAAAAGGUCCUGCAGAGUGUGGUUCUCCUGUCAGACAGCCAGUUGCACCUCUUCCUGCAAAGCCAGCUCUCGGUGCCUGAGAUAGAAGCCUGUGUCCAGGGCCGAAGUACCAUGACUGUGUCUGAUGCCAUUCUUCGAUAUGCUAUGUCAAACUGUGGCUGGGCCCAGGAAGAGAGGCAGAGCUCUUCUCACCUGGCUAAAGGAGACCACCCUAAGAGUUGCUGCUUUCUUCCAAGAUCGGGUAGGAGGAACUCUCCCUCACCGCCUCCCAGUGAAGAAAAGGACCAUUUAGAAGUGUGGGCUCCAGUUGUUGACUCUGAGGUUCCUUCCUUGGAAAGUCCCACUCUCCCACCCCUCUCACCAUUAUGCUGUGAUUUUGGAAGACCCAAAGAGGGAACCUCCACUCUUCAGUCUGUGAGGAGGGCUGUGGGAGGGGACCAUGGUGUGCCUUUGGACCCUGGUCAGUUAGAAACAGUUUUGGAAAAGUGAGCUCUGGGUUCUGCUCUGAGAUGGUCAGAGAAGAUGCGGGCCAGGAGACUUACUCAGGUGGGACUGGGCACAGGGCAGGUAUGUGGGAGGCUGGGCUGCUUAGUGUCUUCUAGUCGCCUCUGCUUGGGCUGAUCGACAGAGGUCAGUCAUAACAGCCCCUUAUGCCUCUUCCAUGGGAACAAAUACUGUGCAGAUGUUUGUAAGUUAAACAUAAGACACAGGGGCUGUUGAUUUUGAACAGAACCUCAUAUUACUCUCCUGGGAUCUGAGUUUCUGCAGGUCAUUUGUAUGUAGGACCAGGAGUAUCUCCUCAGGUGACCUGUUUUGGGGACCUGUAUGUGGCAAAUUCUAAGCUGCCAUAUUGAACAUCAUCCCAACAGGAGUGGUUAUGUUGUAUCCCCAUCUUGGCUGGCUUCAGUUUUUGCUGUAGCCCUAGAGCACUUUGUUUCUGGGAGGCUGGCCUCUUGCCUACCUCCUUGCAUGGACAGGGGGAUGAAUAUUUACUUUCCCACCUCCUUGCUUUUUCUUUCACUGAUACCACUGAAUGGAACUGGUGCUGUGACUCCUCCUGCUGGGGAUUUAUGUCCCGAGACCUUAUCCUGGCUGAGUGGAGCCUGAGACCUGCACAACAGCUCAUGGUCAUGCAUGAGAGAGAAGUGGCUGGCUACAGCCAGAGGGAACAGUAACAGCCCAGGGGCCUUUAUUUUGGGAAAGGCUGUCUGGGGCUGUUACUGUCUCUUCUGGUUAUAAAGCGGAGAUGUGGCUAUCUUUGCUACAGGGUUAGAGUGGGCUCCUUUCUUUUUGGAAUCCUUUUCUUCUCCUUUGGUAACAGCUCCCUGCCUCCAGAGCUUCCGCCGCCAGCAUCUCUGCUGUGUUGCGCAGUGCAGUGGGGUGCAAGGGCUUUGUUUCUGCCUGCCUGAAAGAGAGGGCUCUGGGGAUGGAGAUGAGGAACAACACGCUCUCCUUCAGACAAUGAGGCAUUCUGUCCUUCUGCUGCCAUUCUUCAUCUCCACUGAGAGCCAGAGCUGGUGGGAGCCGAGUGCCACAGGCAUUCUGUAUUGCUCUACUCUUAGGUUUGUGUGUGUGAUCCUUCUCCCUGUCGCCCACUCCUCCCUCCUCUGGCUAUCCUACCUUGUCUGUGGGCUCUUUUACUACCAGCCUAUGCUGUGGGACUGUCAUGGCAUUUAGUUCAGAGUGGAGGGUCUUUGGCCUGAAAUAAAAUGCAAGUAUUUAA